AUGCACGGGACGUGGUGGCCGGACCUCCCGCCGGAACUGCUCCGAGAGGUCUCCUCCCGUCUGCACGUCGGCGCCGACUUCAUCCGUUUCCACGCCGUGUGUAAGCCAUGGCGCGACUCACACGGACCAUCGACGACGACGGGCACCUGUCAGCUCCUGCCGUGGCUCCUGGCACCCAGCAAGAAGAGCGGGGACUCCCUCAACUUCAGAUGCGUCUUCUCCAACACAAGCUACGUCACGCCGCCGGCCAUAUCUGAUGGCAGUGGCACCGGGAUGAACUGGGUGGCCAGCGCCGACGGCACCGCCGUCCGCUACUUCAUAGCCUUCGACCCCCACGGCCUAACCCUCCACGACCCUCUCGCCGGAGGGCCCCCCACCCACCUGCCAGACGAGAACGUCCACCGCCGGUUGGAGGAGAAUCCCACAGGCAUCAUCCACAGCGACGGCGCCGUCCUUCUGUUCAGCAAACACGACAGCUUCGACACAUCUACCGCCGAGUUCAGGGCGGCGCUCCUGCGUCCCGGUGACACCGAGUGGACGUUUAUCCACAGGACCCUCGAAUCCCCCUCCGACGGAGAGUUCUGUGUCGCCUAUCACAACGGCAAGAUCCAUGUGACCGUUGAGGACAGCCUCUGGCACGUCGUGAGUGUGACAGGGGAGUCCACAGCCGCAACCAACAACGACGACCUACAGGUUCCUAGGCCACGAUCGAUGCCACGCCAGUGCGACGGCUACUUGUACGAGCGCAGCUAUGUGCUCGAGUCCCGCGGGGAGCUGCUGUGGGUGUCGGUGCACAUUUUGAUGCAUUACCCCGAUAAAGGUAAGAAUGGCGUCAAUGACCUCGUCGACGCACUCUCGAUGUCCAUGCACACGCUUGAGGAGGUCACCAAGGAGACAGAAAAGUUGUUGUGGACCAGGAAGGAUGGCCGGAGCCUGGAGGACCGCGUGUUGUUCCUGGGGUGGCCCAAUAGUUUCGCCCUGGACGCGUCCCGUCUGGGCAUGAGCGGUGGGUUCGCCUACUUCUUGUACUACGACGACCAGGGCGGCUGCCGGUUGCACGAGCGACAUGGCGUGUUCAGGCACAACCUCAUCGACAACACGACAGAGUUUGUCGAGUGGCUGCCCCAAGGAUGGGACAAGGAGAUGUGCGUGUGGCUCCUCCCCCAGCUCACAAUUGCUCCAGUCAACCAGGGUCCAGCUACUACUUCAAGAAGCAAUAACACUUGUGCUGGGGUGUUGAUGCCCAACCUACUUCAAGAAGAAGACCGAGACUUCACAGGGCACUCGUACGCUGAUAUAAUGUUGUCUGUAACGAGCCGUCCUGGAACAAAGGCCGACUGCUCCUCGGAGAUGAUCUCCGGCAAAAUUACUUUUAGGCGGUUCGCAAGCACCUUCGAAGCAAUCUUGUAG